AUGGAUAGAACUGUUGAUAGAAGACUCUGUGGGCAUUGCCAUCAAUCGAUUGGAGAUGAGGCUUUGGUGGCGAUGAAUCGUUUAUGGCACCCGGAUCAUUUCACGUGCUCAUCGUGCAAGAGACCUAUAAAACAAGCAUUCCAGGCAGCCGAUAAUCAUGCAUAUUGUGUUCAAUGUUUUGCUCAAAAGUAUAAUCCAAAAUGCGCAGGUUGCAUGGAGACAUUAGUCGACACGUGUCUUCUCGCACUGGAUCGUCAUUGGCAUCCGCGCUGCUUCACGUGCUCGUCGUGCAAUCGUCCGUUGCCCAACGGAGAAUUUUAUUUGGUUGAUGAUAAGCCAUAUGACUUAGAUUGUCAUUGGGCGAAGCGUCUUGAGAAAAGGGAGCACAUGGAGCGCGGAGAUCGAUAA